AUGGGAUCAGAACAAGCAAGGGAUCGCGCAAAUGGAAUACCCAAUGGGGGAAAGGGAGGCGAGCGAGCUGCAAUUCCAUUGGAUUGGAUAGGAUCUUACGAUCUGACCUCAAGAGUUGUGAAAUCGUUGAAUUCCUCGUUCUUCGAGAAGGAGAAGGCAAUGCAGCUGGGAAAGAUCUUUUCAAUGUUGGAAAGUGACGUACUUGGUUACGUAAUAAGCCAUAAGUUCGGUAUCACUUUCUGUCCUUCCCCAUUCUCUGAGAAAAGACAAGGGAGGAGUCCUUUUCGGAAUUACUUACCAUUCCUCGGUUCGGAAGGGGAAAGCUAUGAGUCGAUACCUCGGGUCGUGAACAAGCCAGAAAGCGAUCGCUUUUUCCUGCAAGCCUGCAGGUCUUCCCUUAGGUCGAGGUCUUGUCAGAGCCUUGUACAGUUCAUAAGGAAUCUUUCUAGCAUCUUUUCCUUGAAGGCUUUGGAGCUCGGAUUCCAUGUCCGGCCGGUAAAUCUCAAUCUCAAUAUGGUAAGUAAGCGGGUUGAUGAGUCGAAAGCGAGGGGUCGGUUCUUUCCAGUUGGGUUGGGAAACGCGGGUUCAGGAGUGGAAGGAAGAGGGCUCCAGUCGUUCCGGCUGUUCUUCCCUUGGUCUGGCUCAUCAGGUUCAGAAAUCUGA